AUGUGUGGCGAAAAAUUCCUCACAAGCUGUGCAAGAGGCCUCUGGGUUCUGACCCCUCAGUUCAUCUAUGACAGUGCCAAAAAGGGUGCCUGGGUUGUAGAAUACGAUUAUGAGUGGACAGCCUCCAAAGCUGAGCCAAAGGAUUCUUCUCAAGUGCAAAUGUGCCAGGCCCCUUCUCGCUGGCGGAAAAUUGUGAAGCAGUCAAAGUGUCAUGCCUUUCACCAGUGGAAAGUGGCCAUUCUGGUAAAAAAUCACAAGAAAAGAAAAAUUUAUCACCGUUUGCUUUGCUAUGGAGGUGCUGUGUUGUACAUGUUAAAGUUGCCGAUCAAGAACGUACAGAAAGUGAGCGGAACUGUCACACACAUUUUUGUGGACUCCAGCUUUUGGGAAGAUGUUGUCGUUCUGCAGAAAAAUGGAAUUCAGUGUCUUCAUGUUACUUACAUCCGAGACUACCUCAUCAAGGACAGCCCCCCGGAUCUGUCCCGUUACAAACUAUGCAGAAGCGGUCGGUGGAAAGUGUGUGUUGGGCUUAAGCGUAAAGUUCCACUCAGCUCCACUUUGGAAUCUGUGUUGACUUGCAGGAAGUACUUACGGCUUACCCAACAGACAAAUGGAUGGCAGCCUCUCUCUUUUGCUAAUGGACUUAUUGUGAACACUGACCAACACAAGGUGUCUGACUCUGUAUCCUGCAUCCCUAUGCAAGGCUCCCUGGCAGAAAUGAUUCACUGUUGCUUGGAGGAGGAGUUCAAUUACCACGAAGGGCUAAUAAUGGCACUGAAUUUCAUCUCAGCUGGGGCCUAUCUACCUCCACAGACCUGUUAUUUCUUCAUGAAGGACAUUCUCUUGAAAAACAAAAGUGCUGAUCUGAAUUUGUUGUGUUAUGAAGUCCUGAUGAAAAACCUUAGUUUGUUUCCCCCUGGCCCUCAAUUUGGGGCCAGUCGACAGAUCUACCUGCAAACAUUACUUGAAGCGGAAAGGAAUGGCCAUUACAAUAGCAAGUGGGAAUUUUUAAAAGAUGUCAUUAUGACAUCCUUACAAGUGGACAAGGCAGGGCCUGACCAUGACAUGUCUGAGGGCAGUCUGCUUUUACUCAAGUUUUUAUUAGCAGUAUUUGAACAGGAUUUCAGUGAACACAUGAAAAGCCGGAAGCAACAUGCCAAUAAUGAAGGCAUCAAAGUGCCCCCAUGCCUAUUACAAUCGGUCAUGUGGGGCUCCAGUUAUGGGCAGACAGUCAAUAAAUCAUGUACGGAGUUGAAGGACUUUCUACGCAAAGUCCUUAAUGUAGAUCUUCCAGAAUUAUACAGAAAAGAAGUUCUUUCGUUGGUACUGAGCCUGAUCUCAAUGGUGGCUGAAUAUCUGCGUCAAACAUGUCUGCCUGUCAACUCUUCCCUCAAAGACUACCUCAGUUUACCGCUCCAGGGAAUGAAGCUCAACCUUUUCAUUCAUGAACUUGGCAAAGAAAUCUAUUAUGGCUGCCAAGAAGACCUCUCCAAAUUCGAUCUUGUUCUCAGCGAGUUCAAUCUUCCCUGGUUGGCAAUGUCAGUGUCCUACGUUCUUGCCCAGUCUUUCCAUGACACAAUGGACUUGUACUGUGAGGGCAUUGGAAACACGUUCACUUUAUCGGCACUCAUUAAGAAAUACCUCUCAAUCUUAUGUUGCAUCAAUUAUCAGUUGACGGAGAAUCACAAUCCAAUACAGAAAGGAACGAGAAAAGAUCCAAUCAGCACCACGAAUGAACAAAUGAGCACGUGUGGCAACAAUCUGACCAGCACACCACUGAAAUCAAGAAACCAGCCUAACCACGUAUCACCUCCUGACCUGUCUCCGGUUGGGAAGUCGUCUUUAACGAGACGGCAAAUCAUGAAUAUCAAUAAAAAGAAUCAUAAAGGGGAAACUCUGCUACACCUUGCCUGUAUGAGGAACAGUGUCGAUAAAGUCCGGGAGCUUCUCAAAAUCCCAGGAAUUGAUGUCAAUGCCAGUGAUAACAACGGAUGGACGCCCCUCCAUGAGGCAUGUAACCACAAUAACCCAGAGUGUGUCAUGGAACUUUUAAACUUUCAGCCUGUCAGAACGAUUAACACGUAUUUCUCUCCAGAGAUCAAUUGCUUGUUCUUAGAUUUUUUAAAUUUCUUUCUUCUUUUUCUUUCUUCUUUUUUCUUCUUUUCUUUCUUCUUUUUUCUUCUUUUUCUUUCUUCUUUUUUUUCUUUUUCUUUCUUCUUUUUCUUUCUUCUUUUUCUCUUCUUUUUUUCUUUUUCUCUUCUUUUUUCUUUUUCUUUCUUUUUUCUUUUUCUCCUUUUUACUUUUUCUUUCUUUUUUCUUUUUCUUUCUUCUUUUUUCUUUUUCUUUCUUUUUCUUCUUUUUUCUUUCUUUUUUCUUUUUCUUUCUUCUUUUUUCUUUUUCUUUCUUCUUUUUUCUUUCUUCUUUCUUCUUCUUCUUCUUUCUUCUUCUUCUUCUUCUUCUUUCUUCUUCUUCUUCUUUCUUCUUCUUCUUCUUCUUCUUUCUUCUUCUUCUUCUUUCUUCUUCUUCUUUCUUCUUCUUCUUCUUCUUCUUCUUCUUCUUCUUUCUUUCUUCUUCUUCUUUCUUUUUUCUUUUUUCUUCUUUUUCUUUCUUUUUUUUUCUUUCUUUUUUCUUUCUUUUUUUUCUUUUUCUUUUCUUUCUUUCUUUCUUUUUCUUUCUUUUUCUUUCUUUCUUUUUUUUUCUUUCUUUCUUUUUCUUUUUUUCCUUCAGAUGUAG